AUGCCGUUCAAGCAGGUGGAGUCGGAGCAGUGGCUGGAUGAGGUGGUACUAGGGGUCUCGAUCAGGUCGGAUGAUGGGGUUGUGCGGUCUUGCCCGGCGGAGCACGAGGGUCUGAGGGAGUUUGAGGAAGGUGUGGGGAUGCUGCACGCUACGGUGGCUCUCAAGUUCACCUGCAAGGCGGUCGAGUACAUGGUCAAAUACUACCUGGAUUCUCGACCGGAACUAGCCGAGCUAUGCCUUGACGCCAAUACCCGGAUCCAAGUCCUCGAAACAAUCUCCCAUCUCGGUACCGCCCGCAAGAACCAGUACGCUGCCUUCAUCCGAGACGACGCCGUCCUCGUCGUGUGGGCCGAUGCGGUCGACGAGCUCAUCCCUGCCGCCUCCAAACUCGAGAAGGCACUCAUCUCCUUCAUCUGGUCUAGCGACAAGUCUGGCAAGUCUCGCCCUCCCCUCUUCACCGACCACAACGCGGUCGCAGCCAUCACCGACUACCAACACGCCGGGGAGGAGGAGGAUCCAGAGAAGGCGAUAUGGAUGCAGGCGAGGAAGGACCGGCCAGUGGUGCUGAUUACACCCACAGUGGUGGGGCUGGCAUUCGGGACAACGAUGGUGCUGCUUGGAUUGGCCAUUCGUGAGUCCUUGCUUGAGGCAGUACUGAUCUCAGGCUCUCUCUUGACCCGAUACCUGUACGAUGGCGACUGGACACGUUGGUUCCUCGUCUUUACACUGCCAGCGGCAUGCCUCCUCGCCGCUUUCCCUUGUGUCGUGCUCAUCACUGCUAUGGUUUACAUCUUCGGACCCAUCAGCCAUUUCGACAAGAACUCUUACUACUACUCGGCCAUCCGUCCAGACCGCACCAAGGCCAAGGAGCUCAUGAGCAUUACUGUUCAGCUUCCUGUCUACAAGGAGGACCUGGACGAUGUCAUCAAGCCCACUGUCGAAUCCCUCAAACGCGCCAUCACCACGUUCGAGCGUCAAGGCGGCGUCGUCAACGUCGUCGUCUGUGAUGACGGUAUGCAGCUCAUCUCGGACGAGCAGCGGGCCGAGCGGAUCAAGUACUACACCGCCAACAACAUCGGCUACUGCGCGCGUCCACCUCACGGUCAGAACGGAUUCGAGCGGAGGGGCAAGUUCAAGAAGGCCGGCAACCUCAAUCACACCAACAAGAUCAGUCUCUCGAUCGAGCGGUGGAUGGCGCAUCUUCGGCCUCAGCGAUAUGGGAUCAGGGGCGAGGAGGGGUGGUCAGAGCAGAAUGAGCGGGAUCUAUAUGUCGAGUGUAGGGAGAUUGUGCUGGAGAAGACGCAGUGGCCAGUCUGGGUAGAGGGGAAUAUCAGAAUUGGCGAGAUCAUCCUCAUUAUCGACUCUGAUACCCGUGUACCCGCCGACUGCUUCAUGGACGCCGCUCUGGAAAUGCUCGAAUGCCCUCAAGUCGCCAUCAUCCAGCACUCGUCCGGUGUCAUGCAGGUCGCUCACCACUUCUUUGAGAACGGCAUGGCGUUCUUUACCGAUAUGAUCCAGAUUGGUAUCUCGAUGGCUGUAGCGGGUGGAGAUGUCGCACCAUUCGUCGGGCACAAUGCUUUCCUCCGCUGGUCGGCUCUGCAGGAAUGUGCCUUUGUGGACGAGUACGAUGGGUGCAAGCGGGUCUGGUCGGAAUCGCAUGUCUCGGAGGACUUCCAGAUCGCCUUGAAUGUUCAGAGUAAAGGUUGGACAGUACGAUGGGCAACAUACAACAACAACGAGUUCCAGGAGGGUGUCUCGCUCACUGCGCCGGACGAGCUGUCGAGAUGGCAAAAGUACGGGUGGGGUGUAUCUGAGAUCACCUUCCACCCGAUCACAAAGUGGUACAAGCACGGCGUAUUCACCCCUCUCUUCAAGACCUUUAUCCGCUGCAACCUCAACCCUCACUCCAAAUUCUCCAUCCUCGCCUACAUGUCGUCCUACUACGCCUUCUCGAGUGCUUGGGUCGGUACGAUCAUCUCCUUUGUUCUCAUCGGUGUCUUUGUCCGAGUGGAUACCUUCUAUGUCGAUGCCUGGAGCACCUUCUUUAUCUGUGUCUUGCUCUUCCAGGGUCUCAGUAACGUCGCCCUCUGUAUCCUGCGGUAUCGACUCAAGAUGCCGAAUGCUGGGUCGUUGGCUCUUAGGCAGAUGUUCCUCUGGCCUGCGUUCUUCACCGUCUUCUUCUCGGGUUUAUCCAUGCCUAUCGCGACUGCGCUCAUUGCACAUCCGCUUGGUAUCGAUAUGAGCUGGUCCACCACGUCUAAAUCCGUCGAAAAGUCCAACUUCUUCAAGCAGCUUCCCAAGAUCUUCAAGGGGUUCUGGCCGCAGAUGCUGGUCUCGGUCACAGUACUCGGUGGAAUGAUCGCGUCCACGUCGAGCCUCAUGCCUGCCGAGUACCGAGUCGGUGACUUGACAGCCAUCAUCCCCCUCUCCAUCUGCUUUGGAUCACACCUGAUCUGGCCCCUGGUCCUCGACCCCUACCUUACCACCUUCACUGUACGUCUCCUUAAUUUGGCCGAUGUGGACUCCAGCUGA